AUGUGUGUCCCCGAGCCAGAACCCAAAGGCGGCAACAUGGGCCUUCAAGUCAAAUCCCCCGCUAUGGCCGCUGCGCUCGAAGUAGCAACACACCCGAGUGCCUCCACUUCCAGUAUUACUACCGCAAGACCUGCUGCUGCUGCCGCUGCUGCGGGAGGAGGAUUCUACUACGAUACAUUCUUGCAAUCCAUCUCGAAUGACAUUAGCAUCUACCUCGCGAAGCAACAACAAGAACAUCAACAACAACAACAACAACAUCAACGUCAACAACAAACCGCAAAUCACAUCUCGCCAUCAUCCACCUGUCGCCGAAGACCUUCUCCCAUGGAAAACGUCGUCCAAGAACGAUGCGGCGAGCAAUCCAAGAAACGCAAAACCACCGCAAAGACUUGCUGCUGCAAUUUCCAGUCUGGACCGAAAUGUUCUCCCAAGUGA